AUGACCAUGUCUCCAAACGACUCUCUCAAUACAUCCCGGCAGCCUGUUAAAAAUGCAACUGUGCCGUUUUGGCACCGAGACAUUCACGAAUUGCACGAUUAUCGGACCACAGAGGAGCUUCCAGUGUCGAGUGACGUCGUCAUCAUAGGCGCCGGCUAUGCAGGAGUUAGUACAGCGUACCAUUUAGUCAAAGGAGAGGCCAGUGACAAGGAACUGUCCAUCACAAUACUGGAAGCGCGGGGUGCCUGUUCGGGCGCGACAGGACGCAAUGGUGGCCACCUAAGGCCUGACAUGUAUACCCCCAUGACCAGGCUCAUCGACCGAGCAGGAGUUGAACGCGCGUUGGAGGUGACUGAAUUUGAAAUCGCACAUGUACACGCCAUAAAGUCCUUGAUUGAAAAGGAGAAAAUCGACUGUGACUUUACCCUUACAAGGUCUAUCGAUGUAUGGUCCAACGAGGAGACUGCCCAAAAGGCCAAGGAGAUGUAUGACAAGCUGGCAUCGCAUGAUCUGGAGUACAUGAAGGAUGUCUUCUUUGUGCUUGGCAAGGAUGCGGAGGGUGUCUCGGGUGUCAAAGGCGCGAAAGCAUGCGCUUCUUUUACGGCAGCAACCCUGUGGCCCUACAAAUUGAUUCUCCAUCUGACCGCCUCAAUUCUCGAGACUGGACGGGUCAACCUUCAGACUCACACCCCAGUGGUGUCUGUGACUCGGCAAUCUUCGGGCAGUUUUGUUGUUACAACUCCACGAGGCACGACAGUCGCUCGAAAAGUCGUCUACGCGAAUAAUGCCUAUGUCUCUGGUCUUCUUCCGCAGUACCGCGAAGCGAUCGUUCCAUGCAAAGGCCUGUGUACUCAUAUUUCAGUUCCUGAGGGCACAAGAGCGCCUCUGCUAAAUAACUCCUACAUAGUCCGUGAAGAGGACAACGUUGUUUCAUACCUUAUACCUCGUGCCGACGGUAGCAUUGUUGUCGGCGGAGCCAACUUGCGAUACCACUCUGUUUUGAGUUCAUGGUACGACAACGUGGACGAUUCAUGUCUCAUUGAGCAAGUCAAAGAUCAUUACGAUGGUUAUAUGCAGCGGCAUUUCAAUGGCUGGGAAGACAGCGGGGCACGUGUGGAUAAAGUCUGGACCGGGAUCAUGGGGUACAGCUGGGAUUCUCAGCCCCAUGUCGGCGUCGUACCUGGGGAGGAUGGCCAGUAUGUACUUGCGGGCUUCAAUGGUCAUGGAAUGCCACAGGUAUUCUUGUCCGCUCUUGGAGUUGCCAAGAUGGUUCAGAAUGGGAUCGAGUUUGAAGAUGCUGGUGUGCCCAGGCUGUUUAAAACGACGAAGGAUAGGCUUGAGAAGGCGAAGGACGGUCCUUUAGGUGGGGAUAUACUCGGCAUCAAGAGAUGA